AUGUCGAACGGCGUCAACGGACAUCAUGGGCCUACAAUAACGACGACGACAAGUCGUCUCUUCCCCCGAGACCAGCCCCCCUCGCUGGAAGAAUUCAAGCGCCUCUGCUCACGCACCGCUUCGGCAGAGACGUAUCCCUUGGCAUCGUCGAUUCAGAAGAACAUCCCCAUUUACGAGAUGUCGAGGUUCGAUGCCAGCGACGACGACACCGCGGCACGGCUGCAGGACGAAUGGUACCACAUCCUCUACGCCGGACCGGGCGUGCUCGUCCUGAAAGGCCUGUACGGCGUCGAGCAGUACGGACCCGUGCUCGACGCCGCGAAUGCCACGUUCCAGCGCAUCAUCGAGCAUGAACGCCAACAGCGGACGAAGCAGAAAGGCGACCACUUCGCGCAGAAGGGCGCCAACGACCGCAUCUGGAACUCGUUCAGCAAGCACGCGCUCACCGACCCGGCGUCGUUCGUCGAAUACUACUCCAACCCGUGGCUGGCCCGCAUGUGCGAGGCCUGGCUGGGCCCCGCGUACCGCAUCACCGCCCAGGUGAACGUCGUCAAGCCCGGCGGCGCGCCGCAGAACAGCCACCGCGACUACCACCUGGGCUUCCAGGAGGCAGAGCGCUGCGCCCAGUACCCGCGGAGCAUCCAGGUCGCGAGCCAGCUGCUGACGCUGCAGGGGGCAGUGGCACACAGCGACAUGCCGAUGGAGAGCGGGCCAACGCGGGUGCUGCCCUUCAGCCAGCUGUACGAGCCCGGGUUCAUCGCCUGGCGCCGGCCCGAGUUCCAGCAGUUCUUCCAGGAGAAGUACGUCGCGCUACCGCUGGAGACGGGCGACGCCAUCUUCUUCAACCCGGCGCUCUUCCACGCGGCGGGCGCCAACCGCACGACGGACCUGCACCGCACAGCCAACCUGCUACAGAUCAGCAGCGCGUUUGGCAAGACGAUGGAAGCGAUCGACACGAUCCCGCUAGUCGAGCGAUGCUGGGAUCUGCUGAAGACGAAGUACGAGCAAGAAGACGGCGGUAGGUUCAGUGCCCGGGUAAUGUCCUUCAUCCAGGCCGUCGCAGAGGGGUAUCCGUUUCCGACGAAUCUGGACAACCGGCCGCCGGCGCCUAGUGGGAUGGCUCCGGAGAGCGAGCAGGAGCUGAUGGUGCGGGGUCUGAGGGAGGGGUGGACUCGCGAGCGGAUUGUGCAGGAGUUGAGGCAGAUGAGAUUGGAUUCGGUGGAUGUUGGGCUGGGGGAGGAGUUUGUCUAG